AUGAGGCUUACAUCUCUUUUCCAAGCCCAUCCGUUCACUAUUUCCUGGUGGGAGGGGCCUUCAAUCGCACACACCGCUCAUAGACCCCUGGAUGACGAUGCGCUGAAGGAUAUGGAAAUCAUUGGACGGGAUACAGAACAGGAAGCCCCUGACAUAUCCCGAAAGGGUGAUCUUUCUAUUUGGCUGGUUGUGCAGUCACAAUGGGGGCUAAAUAAAGAUCUUUCCGAGGUCGCCUCCAACACAAACAUAAGAGCCAUCGUCGACGGGCCAUACGGCAGCCAUUCAAGUCUGGAACGCUUCGGACAUGUAGUAUUGUUUACGCAGGGGGCAGGUAUCACUGCACAGAUCUCCUACAUCAAGGAGUUGUUCUAUGGCUCCUUAGCGGGUAGACUUCCAGUGCGUCGGAUCUCAUUAAUCUGGGAAACGCAGGAAGAGGACCUCGUUAUCGUCCAGCCAUGGAUGAAAGCCAUUUUAACAGAGGAUCAUGAUCAUCACAAGAAUACAAUGAUGCUACACGUCCAAUUGUAUCUUGUCAACCAGACAGCGAGCCUGCGCUACGGCCGCCGGGUGAGAAGCUUCCCUGGCUCCGUCGAUCUUGGAUCUGUGCUUAACAGGGAGAUCAAGAAGCAAUGUGGUGCAAUGCUCGUAACAGUAUCUGCUAGCGGCACGUUUGUCGAGUCCCUUCGAGGCCAUCUACUGAACAAUAUCAACCGAGGAAACUUGAAAGAAAUCGAACUAAGGUGUCUUGACUCUCAGCCACAAGGAGCACCUCAACUGGCGCGGGAGAAUACAGUCGAGCGUCUUGUCACAACCCUUUCGAUAAUUAAUGGAGAGAUCCACGAUUACAAUGUCGAGCACAAUAUGGACCAAAAAUUGGGUAUCAUUGAUAUCGGGGUGUUCUUCUACGCCUGGGACGAAAGAGCAUCGGAUGUUCAUCUGGAACAUUUUUGCCGGCUUCAGCACUACCCAGUAGACUGGGCAUGCCGGCCACCCGUACCUGGAGCCGACUAUUAUCCUUAUGUGCCUGACUACUGGAAGAGGUGUGACUGGAAAACUCCUGAAGUACUUCUAGGUGCUGUUUGGCACCUACGAUUGGGUGGGACGCCGGAUGAAACUGUCGAAGACGUGGAAGAUACGCUGAGGAUCUUUGAAUCCAAGUUCAAUCGAGAGGUAAACCGACUGCAUAGACGGCAUGAAAACCCUAGUCCUUGGCUCAAUGUCGGGCACUUGAGAGUUGGCUGUCUGCUCGAUAUGUAUCGGGAGCUCGCAACCCUCAUAAGUAUUGGAGAUCCUGGAAGCUAUGCAAGAUGUCGAGAGAACUUCCGCAGAGAAUGUAUGUUGAGUGGCUAUCCUGAAAGCUGGGUACCUGGCUGGUACGAGGAGGAAAAGCCAACUUCCCCCAUGGCUAUAACGCCUUGCGAGUCUGUCAUGUCUAUCUGA